GGCAAAAACGUACGCACGUGGCCGAGCAAGCGAGUGCGCGCUAAACGGCUAUAAACGCGCCAAGUUUUGCAUAUGUAGGCCUUUCUUUUUUGAUUCCUCACCCGUUAUACGCAGACUCGAGAGCGCUGUGUGCCCGCUAUAGCCUUUCAGGUCACAUUCCUCUUCGCGGCGCUGUGUGGCGUGCGUGGACGCGCCACAGUCGGCCGGAGGAACCCCAAUUCUUCGGCUCCAGAGCGUCUCGUGCGGCCCGCCGCUAUUUUUUUAACGUUUCUUCUUCUUCUUCUUUUUUUUUUUUUUUUUUUUCAUUCUCCUGGGGGCAAGAGAAGCAGCAAACCGGUUCCAGCGGUGUGCCCCUCCAACCGAAACCUGGGACCAGCGCUAGCGCGUACGCCGAAAGAAGAGCGUCUACCGAAGCGAGCAGCGGCCACGGGAAGGAGGUGACAGCUAGCAGCGGCAAAGGGUCCGGCCGCAGCAGCAGAAGACGGCACGUCGGUCGCAGCCAUCCGAAAGCGGUUGUUUGCGCUGCCACUUACAUUUCUUCGCUGUUUUUCCUCGCUUUUGUUCGCCUUGAAGAAAAGUCUGGCGCGCGCGUCGUAUAAGUUUAUGUAAGGGGACCUUUCCCGUCCCGUCCUUGAAGACCAUGUCCCCUCACGUGCAUAGCAGGAGUCGCGAGAACUUCGCGCUGUACCUGUUUGCCGGCGUUCCGCUCACGCUGUUCGUGAUGUGCCUGUUACUGCGCCGUCAGCGCAAGGAGGCCCAGCGGCGCUUCUUCGCCUGGAUCUACGCGAAGUACUACGCCGAUCACAACGCGGCCAUCCUGGCGCCUUUCAAGCGAGAACUGUUCGCCGACAUGGCACAGAUCGUGUCCGAGGACCCGACCCUGCGGGCGCGCGGCGCCAUCCGCAUCGUGGAGAUCGGCGUCGGCACGGGAACCAACUUGGCCUACUAUCCGCAGGGCAGCAGGGUGAUCUCGGUGGAACCCAAUCGGUAUUUCGAGAACAUCUUCAGAGAGAACCGCUGUGCGUUUCCCAACGUGGAGAUUGAGCGGUUCGUGCUGGGUUGCGCCGAGGACAUGUCUUCGAUAGCGUCCGACAGCGUGGAUUGCGUCGUGUCGACGCUGGUGCUUUGCUCCGUCGAAGACAUGGCAUCGGUGAUACGCGAGGUCAAGAGGAUUCUUGUCAGGGGUGGCAGCUUCUACUAUGUGGAGCACAUAGGCUACAAAGAAGGCAGUUGGGCACGCCGCCUGCAGCAGCUUGCACAACCACUAUGGUCGCUGGUCAGUGACGGCUGCCAGCUGACACGCGAUGUGCCACAGUACGUCGAGUUUCUUGGCUUCCGGGAGAUGUACGAGAAGAUCCACUAUCCACAAGAGAUGCCCUUCCUGGUGCGGCCUACACUCGUUGGCAAGGCUGUCAAGUAGAUGGCAUCUCGAACUACGUACAGCACUAGCUCGGGAGCAGCCAUGCAUCUGCCACGUCAGGACACAGGGAUCUCUUUUACAGCAUGUUGCCCCAGCUGGCAACAAGGCAGUGUUGAAUUCUACUGUUGUUGUAUGCAUCACUGAACAGUGGCUGACAAUUUGCGUGUGCGGUGUGAUUUCUUUUUCUAUAAAUUCAGUGAAAUACGAGAUUGCACUUUGUUGACAAGACUGCUUCACUGAAGAAAUAGCUGAUGAUUGGUUACAGUGGUGCAGUGAAGUGGGUGUGCAUACCAAGCUUACGCCCAAAAUGGCUGUUUUCCUUUCCUGUUGCCUUCCCUACCAAAACAGGAACACACCACAAAAAGAAAGUUCUGGAUACACUACUGAGUGGUGCUCUACUCUUCACUGCUUGAAUGAAAUGUGCAUGUCCUGGAAGGUCGGCUAAGCUCAAACUCUGACAGUACGAUCUGCUUCAAGUCACUGGGUUUUUGACAGUAUGUGAAGCUGGUAAAGGACCAGCAGGCAGGUCAAGUGGUUACUAGUGUACUAGUGUAAACCGUACAGUGUAGCUGAACAGGUUGCAUGUGAAAAAGUGAACUCCACUUCCCACGUUACUGCAGGAGUGAAUGUACACUGCAGCAGUUCAUUCAACUGUGGUUGCUGCCUCAGCACUAAGUUAUAGAAACUGAGAGACUCUCACUAAGGACUCUUGGCAAAGACCACAUCAUAUUCAGUUUAGGCACAAUUUACAGUGGUGUCGCUUGUUUGUAGAAACAUAUUAGUUAGAGUUUAGUAGGU